GAGAGGGCAGAGAGAGCCCCAGAGCAGCCCUGUGCCUCUGAGCUGGGAUCUCCAGGGCAGAGCCAGCAUGCUGCUCCUCAGCCUGCUUGUCCAGGGAUCUUACCUGCUGCUUUUCUCCUGCUUUGCUUUGUCUCAGACCGCCUACGCUGACAAUGUCUUCUCACUUUCAGCAGAUCUCCCCUGCCUGGAGCAGAAGAAGCAGCUCAGCUGCAGAGCAUGCUGCCUCCCCGGCCCUCCUCCUCCUCCGCCCCUGUUCCCACCACCGUACUUCAGGCACAGCUGGAGCACUAAGCUGGAUAUGGAAGAGUUGUGCCAUGAGCUCCAGAUAAUACAGGCUUCCUCUCUGCCUGAAUCACACUGUUCUGCAGGGCCUCCUGGCCCCCAGGGUCCACAAGGAAUUCCUGGUAUAAUGGGACCAAAAGGGGAGAAGGGGGAGAUUGGCAGGCCUGGAAGAAAGGGCAGACCAGGACCCCCGGGUGUCCCUGGGAUGCCAGGACCCAUAGGAUGGCCUGGACCUGUGGGACCCAAGGGUGAAAAGGGAGAGUUGGGUGUGAUGGGAUUGCCAGGUACAAGAGGACCAAUGGGCUCCAAGGGUUUUCCUGGAACUAGAGGAGAAAAGGGAUCCAGAGGCGACAGAGGUGACAAAGGAGUCAAAGGAGACCCGGGAGAAAUAGGCUUCCCUGGAAUGCUGGGACAAAAAGGAGAGAUGGGCCCCAAGGGACAGUCUGGAGUGCCAGGACACAGAGGACCCAUAGGAAGACCUGGAAAACGAGGCAAACAAGGACUCAAGGGAGACAUUGGACCUGCAGGUGUCAUGGGCCCCCCUGGCAGACCUGGUCCUGUUGGCCAGCCUGGCCCCCCUGGACCCUCAGGAUUAGGGCAGUUUGCAAUAGGACCAAAGGGAGAAAGAGGACUUCCAGGGCCUCCAGGGAGAUGCCUCUGCAGAACCCCACAGCAUAUGAGUAACCCAUCAUAUGAGGAAUCUGUGUUUGGACAAGGCUACCCAAAAGUUCCUGCAAUUUUUGUGGUGAAUAACCAAGAAGAAUUGGACCGGUUAAACACUGAAAAUGCAUUAGCUUUUAGAAGAGAUCAGAGAUCUUUGUAUUUCAAGGAUACCUUUGGAUGGCUCCCAGUCCAGCUCAGCCCUCUGUAUGCCAUGGAUUACCGCCUGGAGGAUGGGGGCACCUGCGGAGACGGGAUCGUGCAGGAUGGGGAGGAGUGCGACGACGGCAACGCAGUGGUGACUGAUGACUGCAUCAGGUGCCGCCGUGCCUACUGCGGAGAUGGCUACAAGCACGAGGGGGUUGAAGACUGUGACGGGAUGGAUUUUGGAUAUCUGACAUGUAGAACAUACCUUCCUGGGUCUUACGGAAAAUUGCGAUGCACUUCUUACUGCUACAUUGACUCCACACAGUGUCGGUACUUCACAUGAGGGGCGCGGAGGUGGUAGCAUCCCACGUGGAGCGGGUGCUAGGUGCUACACUAUCACCUAUCGAGAAGGACUGGGACAGAAAAACACCCCACCCACCUCUGGGAAAACAAACAAAGACACAUCGUGCUGCUGAUGGCCAUUUUGAGAUUUUUUUUUUUUUUUUUUUAAUAUGAAUUUUUCAGAUAGGGACAAAUAGGACCACUGCAUCCUGUCUUAAUUGAGAAAUAAAUGUCAAACGGUGUGUGCCAGUGUGACUUCCAUGCUGUGGAUGUGGAUGGCAACUUGCUCUCCAUCACAAAAGCAACAUUAAACUACUGGAAACUGUUUCAUUAUCAGGAAUGUGGUGUAGCCAUUACCUCGACUUAGCACUGUUAAACCCAAAUAUAAUCUCUUCAGGGGUUUUGUCUUUAACCCUUCUCUGCAUAAACACUAAGCAUGUCUUGGAUGCGGUGUUUAGAGGGACUCUCUUUUAUUACAAUGUGAACUUAGCAAGUGUUGCAUCCACAAGAGAUGACUUCAGCAACUGCAAGGUUACCAAAGCUCCUUCGUUGGUCAAAGGAGCUGAAGUUCUUUCAGAAUCAGCAAACCGGCCAGAUAAGCUGGUUAACAUCACCUUCAGGCAAAGGUGCUGUCUGUGCGUGUCUGUGCACUACAAGCAGUCACAGCAGGCCUGCAAAACACACCACAAAGGACAAACUGGACGAAUAAACUGUGAAAUAGCCGAGAAGUUCUCUUCCAGGAGAAAAUCAGACAAGGAGGGAAGAUAAAGAAGGAACAUGUUUCUGCGUUUUCCACCUCUGUGCUGAGCUGGCUGGGCUCUGCCUGACCCCAAGGGGCUGGGACAGCAUCGUUUCCCUGACUGAAACCAUGGCCACGGACACGUUGUCUUCUCACUGGUGUCCACACUGGAAGGUCUUUGCAUUUGCAGCCCCUUGUCCACCCCACCAUGGUCAUUCAAUUCCCAGUUAUCCCCUGUGCUGCCUCUCCCUCUGGCUGUUUCCACCACCCUGUAUACCCCAGUGUGUGUGCUCACAUAGUAAUGUGUUCCUGGAUGCUCUGUCAGGCUGUGCAAUGCACAUGGGUUUUGAUUUUUGGGAUGUUCUCUCAAAAUAUCAGCUCUUGUUGGAGUCAGGGUUAUUAUACACUUAUUUAUUAGCAAGUAGUAAAGAGCAAAUUUCACAUGGAAAGCAUAUUAUAAGAGUCUAUAAUAGAAAAUGAAGCCAAGAAUGUGCAGAAUUCAGGACUAAAAGCCUUAAAACUAGGCAUUAUUUUCAUACAAGCCACUCUCUCCUGCUUUGUGGUAAGUGCUGUACAGGACUGUGUGAAAUGUGUGAGUUAUCUGUGCCAGUGACAGCACUGCAAGGGCUGCACUGACAUUGGCACUUCUGCAGAGGUUAUAUAAAGGUGGAGUUGUUAUAAUGGUAAUGCAUUAAAGCAAUCAAGAAACACAUGCAACUUUUACCACCUGUCUAGAAGACUUAAACUAUGCAUGUAUAAAGUGAUAUUGGAAAUCAUCAAUUAGCAACAAAAAUAGAAAGAAAAUUCAUGUAGUCUUCAUGGCUAUCACUUACCUGGGCUAUUUAUGUUGCUAUGAAGCCAAGUCACCAGCAUUUGUAGCCCAGUUCAACUGAUAAUUUUUAUUUUUUUUUUUUUUCCUUAACUGAGGUCUUAAUAAAAGGUCCAGGAGCCACUGGGACAAGAACACAAACUCUGGAAAUGUGGUUACUAGCACAGCUGCAUUUUUAAUUUCCUGUGUUUGUGUGAGCAGCAGGUUCCAGCAGCAUCACACCACAAGGAGCAGGUCUUGGGCUGUUGGGGGGCUCUUGAGGACAGAUCUGCUCCCAGCAGCUCAUCCUGCUGGACAUCCCUCCUGCUGAACCUCUGGCAGCAUCUGCUGGUGUUACCAUCCUGGGCUUGGAGAUCUGAACUACUCACCUUCUCAAAGAGCUCAUCUCAACCCCCCAAAAGGCUGCAGUCUCUGAGAAACUUGGUAAUUCCAGUGGCCUUUCACCUUCAGUUUUCAGUUGGAUUGUUUUUCAUUAAAAGCUCCUACCUCCAAAGACAUUGGGAUAACAAAGCUACGUGCAUGGAUCACAGAAUACAUAAACAGGAGAUGUGAUCACCCAGGUGAAACUACAUGUUCAGAAAGGGGCCUGUCAGUCUGACCAGUCUGGGAACACCUGCAAAGCAUGGAUUUUAAAUGGACAAAGCAAUGUAAAAUAUAAGGAAACAAAAAAAAAGUUUCAUACUACCAUUACUGUCUUGUACCCCCCAGAAGACAGAGCAUGAGAAAGACACCUGGGAAUGUGUAAAGUAUAUGUGAUUUAAGAUGCUGCAAAAGAAAUCCUUUUCCCUCAUUUCUGACAUACCUGAUUUAUCAUUAAUUAGGUCACUUUCAGCUAGGUGAUGCCUGGUCUGCUGCAAAUUGUCUUCCCUCCUUCUCUGAGUUUGGGAAGUCAGCACAUUGUGCCGAGACUGGUUCAAAAGUUAAUUGGAAUAUUUCAGUUCAUUGGACUUUUGUAGCAGCAUAUGCUUGUGGGAGAGUUUUCUAAUGAUUAGUAUGCAACUCUAGGCAAGUACAAAGCAUUGUGCCAUGCACUGUAUUAAUGUACACAAAAAAUCCAGCUUGCACUUAAUGUAUGAUGAGAUAUAUGUAAUUACCUGCAGCCUAUAUUAACAGCUCAUGUCAAUAAAACAUGCUACCUUAGUUCCCCUACGUCCUUAGUUUCACUUAUUUAAUUUUAGAUUUAACAGCUUGGUUUUUAAAUAUAAUUUCCUAGUUUAAGAUGCUGGGGAGGGAGAAAACACCUCUUUUCCCAUGCCUGCUGCCUCUCCCUGCCUGGUGUGGGAUCUGGUUCUGUGUGGGCUCAGGGAUGUGUGCACAGCCUGGGAGUGUGACUGUACAUCCCUGCUCCUGGGCUUGCUGCUGCCUCAUCCCCAGACUGACCCCUGCAACAUGCCAUGGCCAGAACAGCUCCACUUACACCCAUUUCUAAUUGGAAUAUGUAAUGUAUUUGGUUUUAAUAAGGCUGUGGUUUGGAGGAUUGCCUCCUCCUGCUACCUGAUAAUGUAUUUACUGGCUGCUUUGUGACUCUGUGUAAGAGGCUGAGAUGAGAGCUGUGAAACAGAAAGAAACAGCCUCGGGUGCUGAUGGAUAAUGGGAAUGGUGAUGUUGGCACCCAGGAUUUGGACACUCCUGGAAACUGGCACCCAGGCUUUGAGGAGAGACUCCUGCCUUGCAGUAGGAAUCUGUGAGUCUGUUGUCCCAAUGCUUUUGUGUAUAACAGGGAGUUCCAGAGAGGGGAACCCUGCCUGUCCCCAGGGGAAAAGGAAGUGUAUUGACAGACAGAGAAUAAGUGAGUCUAUUUUCUGUCUGUCCUCUCUAAAAACUCAGUUUCUGUGACACUCACCUCUCCAGCACACAAAUCCUUAUGCCAUUUCUCCCUUCCCUUCAAAUUGUUCAAAAUCAUAGCUGUCAAGGCUAUCCUUGCCCACAAAUCUAGCCAUGCACCUCAUCUCCUUCUUCCUUUCUUCUUACUACUUCUAAAGACACCAAAGCUCAUACCCUUUGUAGCCUCUUGAAAACCCUGCAAUGCCCUUGCUGCUCUGCUGUGUUUCAUCAGCUUCUCUUUCAGUCUCUCACACCAUUCCUUUUCUAGCAUCUCCUGCUUGUGACAGCCCUGCCGUAUGUCACAGCAAAGCCCCUUGAUCGUGGCCCUUACCUUCUAAAAAUUGUAGGAUGCAUUUCCCACUUCAGCCCCACAAAUUUGUACAAGGAGAGAGGGGAUUGGUGGCUAUCAUUAAACUGUGAGUCCCCAAGAACUGUCCUUGAGCACCAGCUGUUUAUGAGAAAUAACAAUAAUAAGUCCCCAAUUAGCUGCACUUGGGGGCAAUUCAAUACACUUGGCUGCCACAUACAAGCAGGAGAUGUAUUUUAAACAGGUGACAAAGAUAAACCCAAGAGAAGGAAAUCAGUGCUGUGCUGUGGUUCUUUGAUGAUAUUUAAAUCUAUCACACACAGUGCUGCAAGUAGAUGUUUAAGAGCUGUUAUAAAAAUGAUGUUUUAAUUCACAAAGGGUGAGGCAAUGAGAGCACUAUCUAAAACACUUUCAAGUUCCUUCUCUGAUAGCUUUUGCCUAAGGAGAUGGAUAUGGCAAAGCAAGGGUUCCUUCCCUGGAAACCAUUCCCUUGCAAGGAAAGCACAGAAUAAUGGGCUAUUGAACUCUGCUACAGGUAGUAUAAGGAACAGGCAAAAGGACAGACAACUGGUGAAUGCAAAAUUUGGAAUGGGAAUUUGGAUCAGAGUAACUGUUGCUUAUUUAUCUGGUAAGAGACCAUACACCUUGUAGACCAUUAGAGCACUGCCAGGCCUUAACCAAAGAGAGAAAAGCAACAAAGCCAAAGCAAAUGAGCUAUUUGUGUCUUUAAUGAACACAGUCAGUGAAAAACCCCCACAAUGUUAAUAUGUCCAUAUUAGUUACAUGCACAGCAAUGUGCUCUAUGCAGAAAGCUGGUAUCACUCCUGGAAAGGCCAGAGCAAAGCCUGGACACAUGCUUUCAAUGCAUCAGUAAUUACUGGGGCAUUUAGGAGGAUGGCCCUGAACCAGCCCAGCCAGGGAAGGCUGCAUUUGAAAGGAUGGCCAGGCCAAAUUAUAUUAGAGGAGUGUACUCCUGAUGGAAAUUGCAUUAGUGGCUACUUCCCUCCCUCUGUCCCAGACAAAAUCUUGGCACUUAAAAGGCACUGAGUUAUAGCCCUGGCCUUUUACAGCUUUUAAUUCACUCUGACAGUUUCCCCGAGCAUCUGAGGGAGGGUCCAGUUAGGAUGCAUAAUCAUCUCCAGUGACAGAGAAGAGGGUUUAAACAGACAUAUUUCACUGCAGCCUUCCCACACACCACUGAACAAGUAGCCCUCCUGCAUGGAGUGCUGCUCAGGAUUUUCUUUGGAAAGGAGUGGGAAGGAGAAUGAUGGAGCUGAACCCCUCAAAGCCACUGAUAGCAAAGCCAAGUGAUGCAGCAGGGCAUUGCAUGCAGCAGGAGCCACUCUGGCCAGCGUGCCACAUGUGCAGCAGAGCAACUCAUGUUCUUCAGGAAAAGCUGUCUGUGGUGCUGCCCCCAGGGGUAAUGCUGCUGGUGGGAUCUCCUGCAGGACACAGGGAAGGACAAAGCGCUCCCUGAGCUGUUUUGCAGGUGCAGGUGGGAGCCUGCCUGCCUGGUCUGUGAAAACCCAAACACAGAGGUUCGACAGAGCAGGAAUCUGAGUUAAUGGCACAAUAAAUCAGGCAGGAGGAAGAGGAGGUAACAUUAACCUACUCACACAGCAGCAUGUUUAGUAUAUUUAGAAACCUGGCAACUGAUGACCCUCUCUCAGCCGGUCUAAAGUGUCACCAUUCAAUGAGUGAAUAAACUGACAUCAGCAUUAAAUUUAAGCCCGUGGCAAGGUGUCUUUGACCCUUGUGCCAGGUGUGGAGGAAGCUUUCAGAAUUCAUCUUGAAGAGCAGUCAGAACCCUGCUGGUCAGGGUCGGUAAUGUCCUUUGUAGGGUAAAUAGGGAUGGUUAUUCACGGUCACCCUCCUGGGAGGAAGAGACACCCACUGAGCCACUAUGGAGUGCUGACUUACACCGUGAAAAUGCAGGCAUGUAACACUUACUUUCCUUUGCCUUCCUAAUCAGAACAUGCCCAGUUUGGUGGAGCAAGGAGAGAACUGUUUAAGAACCCCAUCUGUUCCCUGAACCCUUUGUGGGAAAACCUUUAGAGACUAAUUUUGUUUGGAAGAGAAUUUGCUCCCUGCCUUGCUCAUUUCGAUUAACCACAUACCCCGGUAAAACUCAUCAACUCAUCAUGCAAGAGUUGGGAGAGGCUGUGCUGAGCCAGUCAGACAUUUGGGGCAGGGUAUUUAGUGCUUCCCAUGCUUUCCUCUCAGAGAUUAUUUGAUGGGCAAAUGGGGAUAUAGAGGAGCUUGGCAGCCCUGAUGCUUCAGAGCAGUGUAAAUUUAUUUUACACAUUUCUGCUGGGUUUGACAUUUUACCUGCUUGACACUACUGCUCUGAGGACAGGAUGUGCCAAGGAAGAGAACAUCGAGGACUGCUCAGGUUUUGAGCUGUUAGCAGAUUUACAGGGGAGGAUGACUGAUGAGAGGUGAGAAGCAGCAGUUCAGGCAACCAAACUGUACAGAAUUAGCUGGUUGAAAUGUGUACAUUAUGGACCAAGAUCCACAGGGGGACUGGUUGUGAAAUACAAUGAAAUGCUUAGAGAGUUUAAACUUUGAUGCCCCAGUCCAUUCAGAUAAACCAUCAUAAGCCACGUGGUGGCCAUAGUGACAAGUUACUGUUCUGCUGCCAUUUGAGCAGAGGUUGGCUCCAAACCCAGCAGCAGCCCCAAAGCAGAAGCAUGGGACCAGUGGGGAAAAGCUGGCAAUCUCACUGGUCUUGGGGGCCCAGUGAAGGACAGAGAGGCUUGCUCUGUGCCAGGACUUUCUGAGCAAGACAAUAUCUGGUGUGAGAGGCUGCAGGAUUACAGCUUCUAAAUAAAGCUCCGAGGGCUGUACCUGUUGCUGCCUGGGGUCAGCAAGCUCUGCCUCAUGCUGCCUGAGCCUGAGCUGUUAUGCUGACUUAAAGACGCCAAAUAUUUGCCCUCUGCUCCACACUAUCACGUUAUUUGAUGAGCAAUUAUGUCCUGUAGGUUUGUCAGGGAGUAACCAUGGGACAGGGACGAUUAAACUGCCGAUAGGACAGCUUGGCAUUAGGGAGUUUGUACUGCGUAUUGGCAAGGAAGAAGCGAGCCCUAAGGCAAUGCAAAUAAUGUGUUUAUUCCUCCUGCAUUCAGCAGUCAAGUAUCUGUCAGGCCAUUUGCAAGGGGAAUGCCCUGCUCUCUGUACCAGUACUGCCCCUGUAUUUUACAGUCCUGAGGAUGAAGGGGCUCCAGCCGCAGGGUAAAGAGAGCUAAAGCUUCCUGCCAAACCCCCCAAAAGGUGGUCAGGGGGUUUCUGCAGCACUGUGGGGGUGAUACCUGGUGGUUCCAGUUUCUCCCUUUGCUUGCAACACUUACAUCCACAUUUCCCAGCAGGGUGGUCUGCUUGGUGAGCACAUCUGUAUGUGAAGGGUGACGACUCCUUCAUUUCUGUUGUGACAAUAAAAGGCAGAAGAAUUGCAUGGGGAUUUGGGAGUGGAAGGAGUUCCCCAGGCACCCUCAGCACCUGUGGCUCAACACACACCCAUCAGCUGUAAUUUACCAAUGUGGUUACAUAUGUCUUUUAUUUAUUUAGAGAUAUAAACAGAGCUUUCCAGACUCUCUCUUUGUUCCACCAAAUUUUGAAGCUUAUAAGAAACUUCUUUAAGGCAAGACUUCCUCAGCAGAUUUUUUUUUUGUCUCUGUUCUAACAAAAAGGUGAUAACAAAUAGCUGUUUUUGAAAAGUUCAAUUGGUGCAGGAAUAUCCUGGAUUUUUGUGUUCUUAGGCAUCUCCAUCAAUAUAGCAGAAAGCAGAACUUUAUUUGAGAUGAUCAGUAGACAUAAAAGAUAUUCAUGUGGACAGAUAAAUCCUCUCCCUGCAUAGAUAACAACUAUAUACUCAUAGGCUGGGAACAUUUCCUGAUGAUACAGGGUUAAGAAAAUGUAAAUUAAUAUUUAAUUACUUUAUCCGAAGCGGAAGAGCUUGGACAGGAGGGAGUCAUAUUUCAGAAGGAGCUAGUCUGGAUAUAUGAACUCUCCACACAAGACUUACAUAAGUAAACAAAGUGCUAUAUGAAGAAACCUCUGGGCUGGCUGACAAGAAGCAUGUCCAA